GUUUAUUUUUUGUUUCAAACCUCCAAAUUUGCUGAUUUUGACAAUGUCGAACCCAAAAUCAAAUCUUCUGAUAAUCUCCCACAUUUGCUGCGCUUGGGUUUCUUUCAGUGAGGUUAAUGUCGGGUAACUCGUGUUCCAGUAAUCCAGUAUUCAGAAGCCACCCUUCUAGUACUGCACUGUAUAUAGCAAGCACAAUGGAAUACUGAUAGAAUGUCUUGCUACAAGUGGGUAUCAAAGACCUUGGAACCUCCAUGGGCUGGAUGCAGAGUGGAGCAUCUGAUUCGAGGGACUUUAUAAAGUACUGUUGCUUCGUUAGUAACUUAGUUAUUCAUAUACCUGCAGAACAAAAAGGUAUGUUGGUGGAAUGAUGCUACUGCCAUUUUCCAUGUUAUGUGUACGAAAUGAGGGAGGAAAAGAGUGGGAUUUAACAUCUACUCAUCUCUAUGCUUCACAUAUAUUUUGACAUCGUGGUUAGUUAUGUUAAAUUUCUGAGUGGAAGCACUUCAAAAUAUGAUUGUCUUUGAAAUUGAGAUGCGAUUGAAACUUCCUCACUUUAUGUUCUUCAAAUCUUUUGGGAUAUCUUGGCCGUCAUUAGCCAUUAAUUAUUCUUCCUAGCUAAGAAUAAUGAACGGCGUAAUCCAAUGUGGAUAUUGCAGGCUAGAACAUUUAACAAUCAAACGGGUUGGUUAUGUUUGUUGCUCAAGAUGCCAUUCUGUAAUUCCUAUACAAACAUGUGAAGUAACAAACUGUACUAAUAUUCUGAAGAACAGAACUCAGAAAGAUGUUCAGCUGCAGAAGACCAGAAGUUCUAGUCUAAACCAUUACACUUACAGAAAUGGAAACCUUGGAAGCACUUCAGGGUCAGCUGAAUAUAAGGCUAUGGCAAGCCAAAGGCCAAAAGCUUCUUUUACAAUAUUAAAUGCAUGCCCUAGAAGUAUCCCUGCAGCAAGGGUUGGGAAGCGAGCACUUAUAUGUGGCGUGAGCUACAAGAAGCAGAAAUACAAGUUGAGAGGAACUCUUACUGAUGUCUACAAUAUAAAGCAGCUUCUCCUGAAUCGUUAUCAUUUUCCAGAGCACGAAAUUAGAGUCCUUACCGAGGAGAAUACUCCUGAUCGACUUCCUACCAAAGCAAACAUGGAAGAAAGCUUGAGAUGGCUUGUUGCAGGAAGCAAACCAGGGGAUUCACUGGUGUUUUAUUUCUCAGGACAUGGUUUGCGACAGCAUGAUUUUGAUAAUGAUGAGCUUGACGGAUUUGAUGAAACACUAUGCCCUGUUGAUUUCAAGACCGAAGGAAUGAUCCUUGACAAUGAUAUCAACACUAUGAUAGUUAAGCCUCUAAUUAAGGGGGUAACACUUCAUGCAAUCAUUGAUGCUUGUCAUAGUGGAACUAUCCUCGAUCUCGAGUACCUAUAUGAUCUAAAAGGGAGGAAAUGGUUGAACAACAUACCUCCUUCUGGAGCUAAGAAGUGUACAAGGGGUGGUCGUGCUAUCUGUUUUAGUGCUUGUCGUGAUGAUGAAAUGGCUACCGACAGCAACGCUUUUACUAAAAAGGGCAUGAGUGGUGUCAUGACACAUUGUUUCAUCCAAGCUAUUUUGAGUAAACCGAAGUUGACAUACUUUGAACUCCUGAAUUCUGUGCGGGAGACCAUUCUGGAGACCUUUGCAUCAAGAUGCAUCAGUUCUAAGCUCAUUGAUAAGCUGUUAUACCGCAAAUUAUCACAGGCAGGAGCCGCAGCUAUCUUCUUCUGAAAUGUUCGAUGCUGAAAAUACGAAGUUCAUUUUGUGAUAAUCUCGACGAGCAAGUAAGCUUUGAACAAGCUCCCCGCUCAAUUCUUUACGUGGCAAGAAAAUUGUUAGAAAUUUGUGUAUCAUGCUUUCUAAUUGUGCAUAAUCAUUGACACAUUUCCAUUGUGUCAUGUUGAAGUUACCAACUAAUUAUUCAUUAAUCUUAUUAAUUUGGAGCAAAAUAACUUUCUGCCCCUCUAAUUUAUCUGCUGCUGGAAUGAUCUGAACAUUGCAUCUGCAUUA